CGGCCCCGCCCCCGUGCCCGGGAUGUUGGGCCCCCGCGGCGUGACGCGAGCACGGCGGCUCCGCCCCCUGCGUCUCUGGCCUCGCUGGCCUUGGGGGGAUGGUUUCAUCAUGGCGUCAAUGCAGAAACGACUACAAAAAGAACUGUUGGCUUUGCAAAAUGACCCACCUCCUGGAAUGACAUUAAAUGAAAAGAGCGUUCAAAACUCAAUCACACAGUGGAUCGUAGACAUGGAGGGUGCACCAGGCACCUUAUAUGAAGGGGAGAAGUUCCAGCUUCUGUUUAAGUUUAGUAGUCGUUACCCAUUUGACUCUCCUCAGGUCAUGUUUACUGGUGAAAAUAUCCCCGUCCACCCUCAUGUGUAUAGCAAUGGUCAUAUCUGCUUGUCCAUUCUAACAGAAGACUGGUCCCCAGCGCUCUCAGUCCAGUCAGUGUGUCUUAGCAUUAUUAGCAUGCUUUCCAGCUGCAAAGAAAAGAGACGACCGCCUGAUAAUUCCUUUUAUGUGCGAACAUGUAACAAGAAUCCAAAGAAAACAAAAUGGUGGUAUCAUGAUGAUACUUGUUGAUGCCACUGUUAUCAUCCUCGUAGCAGAAGAUAGUCCUACUGAGAAAAUGAGCACUUUGAUCAUUCAGUCUUUGAACUUUAACCUUUGACUGGAAGUGACCUAUAGGCAAUGAAGACUACUUCCUUUUACUGCAUUUUUACUCGUGUGCAUUCUGGGCGCAUGUUGAUCGCUGGCUCAGUCCAGGCAACUGACAUGCUUUUAUUAGUCAUACAGUAUUAAUGCAGGUGUCAGGAAAUGUCAAAUAUAAUUCCAUUUUUUAUUUUUAUUUUUUUAAGCUUUUCGAAAAGUUCCAGGCCCUCAUGUAUUGUGCAAUAACAGUGACUUCCUCGGUGGUUUGGGGACGUUCAUUGCCGGCAAUGGACGUUGUAACAGGAAGAGUUUUCUUAACUCCUGCCACUCGGUGGUUAAUGCAUGACAGGGCCUAUGAGAUGAAUUUAUCGGUUAUCGUGGGAUUAUAAGGACAGUGAGGGACCCGCAUUACAUUGAAAGUCACCCCAACUGUUUAUAUUUGGGUUCUGUGCACUGUGAUCCUAAGGCAAACAGCAUGGAACAACAUGCAUCUUUACAGGACCGUAAGAAAGAUCAUUGCGUAUUUAUUUAAUUGUUUAUAUCUGCUGUCAAAUUGUUUUGACAUGGAAAGUUUUCAAGGAACAUUGGCAGAGAGGUACAAUAUGUUAUCCCUAUGGUGAAACUCAAUUCAUUUGUUGUAUAUAGUCCUCAACCUCUGAAGUAAAGGUGUGAAUAAUAUAGGGUGUGAAUGGUUUGACCAAGGCUUUAUUUUGGAAGUAGAAAACGGCAGUAAUGCUUGAAUUCCUGUCACUCAUCAUUUGGGCCUGUUAUUUUUUUUCCCCAGCAUAUUACACUCUGUUACUUCCUGCUAGCCAUCAGCAUGAGCCCUACUGCCUAAACACUCUUCAUUUAUUUAUGUUUGGAAAUCCCUAAGCAUUUUUGUUUGUAAUCUUGUUUCUUUUUGUUACAUUUAAGUUGUUUGAAUGUUACAAUACUUUAAUUGAAAGACUUUUGUCAAGUUUUUUUCUUGUAAAUUUUCUUUACUUGUAUCAUCUUGUCCUUCAAUCCUGUACCCUAAAAUGAGAAAUACAUUUUUGACAGAGGCUUAAUGUUUUAACAAAAGAGUGUGGACAUUUUUAUUUUAAGAUUUUGGUAAAAGAACACUAUAAAAUGAUAUGUUUGCUUAUUUGUCUCACGCAGCCCAGGUUUUCUUGGAAGAACUUGUUUGUUGAAAAGAUUUUGCUUAUAGCUAGAUGAAGUUUUUCUGUCUGUCUGUCUGUCUGUCUGUCUGUCUGUCUGUCUGUCUCUAUCUAACCUAUAAAACAGUUGUUGGAAAGGUUCCAUUCUAAGUACCAUGUACCAUGUAAGUUAAUGAUGCUACAACUAGGUCUUUGUAAGAAGCAAUUAAUGUAUUUUAUAAAUUAUCUUUUCACAUAUGCAAGAUCUGUUUCUAUGACAAUGUUAUUUUUACUAAUGCCUUACUGUUGCACUCUUUUUUGAAUAUCCUGCAGUGAAUAUAUAUUAAUCAAUCUGGGCUUAAAAAUUAAAGCCAAAUGGCUGAAAGAUCUGAUAUGUGUACCCCCAUAAAAUCGUCCAAUUGAUAAUUGGUAAAGAAUAUUUUAAAAAUUGUUUUUAAUCUCUGUGUAGAUGACAUUUUGUAGCUUUGUACAUGUUGUUAACUAAGGGCAUAUAAUUUUACACUCUAAAAGUAUAACCGUUGAACUCAGGGGUGGGUAGACUUCAAAAAUAUGUCUGCUGUAGAAAUAACUUGAAAAACUAUUAAAACCAUGGCCAGCCACCAAA